GGCUACCUUCAUGUUUGGCGGCGGGACGCGACCUUCUCCGAGGAAGAACUCUCGGAACUGUUCAACAAUGUCGAAGAUAUCUACGCUUUCAACAGAUCUCUAUGCCAAGAGCUGAACUCGUGCCGUCUAGAUGCCACGUGCAUCGCUCGAUGCUUUGUAGACAACACCGCUGGGUUCGCCGUCUACACCUCGUACUGCACCGGCUACCCUCGGACUAUGGAGCGGCUGGCAGCACUGGCUUCAAAGCCUCAAAGUGCUAGAGCGUUCAGGGAGCGACAGACGGAGUUAGGCCAUAUGCUGCCAUUAGCGUCAUAUCUUUUAAAGCCGGUGCAGCGGAUAUUGAAGUACCAUUUGCUGUUGCAGAACGUGGUGAAGCAGUGCGCCUCACGUGAGACGGAGUACGCGCUGCUGAAGAUGACCGGCAUUGCGCAGCACAUCGACGACAUGAAGCGCAGGCACGAGCACGCCGUCCGGGUGCAGGAAAUCCAGUCGCUCCUGUACGGCUGGAGCGGCCCCGACCUCACCACCUACGGAGAGUUGUGCGCCGAAGGGACAUUUAGAGUGUUCGGCGCGAAGGCGAUGCGUCACGUCUUCCUCUUCGAUAAGAUGCUGCUCGUCACCAAAAACAGAGAGGACGGCAUACUCGCCUACAAGUCGCAUAUUAUGUGCAACGACAUGAUGCUGGUGGAGUCGAUCGCGGGCGCGCCGCUGUCGUUCCACGUGAUCCCGUGGGAGGCGCCGCGCGCACAGCUCACGCUGCAGGCGCGCUCGCACCGACACAAGCGCGAGUGGACGCUGCUGCUCAAACGGGUAAUAUUAGAGAACUACAACGCCGUCAUACCAUCACAUGCACGCCAGCUGGUCAUGGAGCUUGGACAAAACAAAACAGAUGAUGAUAUGCUAGCGGAGAAAUCUCACAACCUGAUAACCCAAGCGUCCAUGAGGAAGCAAUUGUCAGCACCAGAGUACCUCGAAAAGCGAAAACUGGAGAGGGAAAGGCGGAAAUCCUUUGAGAACGGCGUCAGAAACCGCUUGAAGAAAGCCAAUAGGAAAUACACAAUACCCAACUCAAGAACUGAGAGACAGGAUUGUGACUGCACCCAAGUAUCAGCAGAGAAAGGGACCGACUACACUUGUGAAAAUUGUUAUAUAGAUUUGUGUUCGGAUUGCGAAACAGAAUUAUCCAAGAAGAUCGAAAAAUGUCCGUGCCGGCAAGAAGAUAGUGAUCUAAAUGGGGAGAAAUGUCCAGAAUGUGUUAGAUCUCUUCAUUACAUAGACGCUGGUAGCGCUGAACAUUUAGAAAGGAAGCCAUCUGAAUGCAAAUGUUCUGAUUUCAAAUCUUCGCAAGAAAGCUUCGGCAAAGAGUUUAGCGCAUCACUGACAAAUACCAGAGGAUACCACUCUUCGGACAAUAUAGUACACUACAGCGAUAGUUGUAAAAGUAAAGAGGAUUUAACUGAAAAUAAUUCCUUACUAAAUGUCAGGAAUAUUCCAAAAACAUGUCUAAAAUGCGCGAAAAUUAAAGAAAAUAUUGUUGUAGAAUCUGUCACUACUUUACAUCCGAGGAGAUCGAGAUGUAAUGAUAGUGACAAACAUAGGCCAGAUACGUUAAGGUCUAAAUCGAAAGACGAUCCCCAGAGGUCGAAAUUAACCAAAAUUGGAACAUGGAGGAGAAAGUCUGAGCCAGGCUUACAACAAAACUCGGUUGGGAAUCUUCUAAAGAAAGCCCAAGACAGUGAUGGGGAGAAAAAUGACGCAAAAGGCAACGAAAAGAUAGAAUUCGAAUGUCGAAAUUGUGGAUCGAACAAAAUUACGAAGAAAAUUAAAUCGAAUGAUGGAACUAUAAUAUCUGAUCCAGAAUUAGACGGCAGGAAGAGGGGAGUGAACACACCGAAAGGAAAUUUAGAGAUAAGAAUGUACAACACUAAAAACAUACCAAAGAAAAUAUCCAAGAUAAAAAAGAAUAGAGCUAAAGGUUUACGUCUAGGAUCAGAUACUACGGCUAAGUUCUACGCUGACUUUUCUACUGAUGUCUCCACUGAAAAUAUAUUGCACAUCUCUGAAUCUACCGAUAGUCUAAAUGUUGACAAACCUAAAGAUAAUAUAGAUACUACUGCAGUACCUGAAACCUUAAGUAAAGACGAAGAUAUAGACGAGGAGACUUAUAAGAAAUUAAUAGAAAAGACCGAUUCGUUUAAAAAAAAUGAAUUGGAAAAAGUGAAGUACUUAAAUAAACAAAAGGUGAUAAACGAAGGUUCGGAAGCUGAGGACAAAACAUGUGAAGAAAGCAAAAUUGAAGAAGUGGCUGAAAGCUGCGAAGAGGCGGAGCAACCGUUGGAACAAAUAAUUUCCCAACUGCUAAUGCAAAAUAGAGAAUUCCAGAAAUUAAUAAAGAAACAACAGCAAAGGAACAGCGCGCAAAGGCGACAUCAGAGACUUAUGAAGUCUCACUCAAAUCCAGAACCCGUUGUCUUAGCGAAGAACCUAGAUUCGGGUAAAUUAAAACCGAAACACAUGAGACAAACAUCUGAAAACCUGGAUUUGAAUCAUGAAACAGACUCCACUGAACUGACUCAGGAUGUAGAAGAAAAAUAUGCUACAGAGGACGAUCACAUUUACGAAACGUUAAGAGUAGACGACAGAGUGGAUGAAAGCCUACACAAUUUGAACAGCAAAAGCAAAAUAAUACAACAUAGCUCACACUUAAGUAGGCCUAAAAGGUUGCCAUCUCCGCCAAACCCAGCUCAAGAAACUGUUGAGACACUUCCUCCCGAAUCUGAUUACGUGUACUUAACAUUUGAUCAAUUAAACAAAGUGCAAGAUGAUGGAAUUUACGAUGUUCCAGUGAAAUCGCCUAAAAGAGUUGAUCAAUUACCUGCAGACUAUUACGUCACUAUGGAGAAACAAGGACCAGCAAUCACAGAUGAAAACAUAUACGAUACCCUUUUAGAAGUCUGUAAACGCAAAAAAGAUGUUGCCACGGCUGUAAUUGGAGACUAUUUGCCGAUGAGCUCUGAUCAGCAGAGCCCUAACACUCCAGAAAUUUGGCUUAGCCGACAAAAGGAACAUUUCAAUGUCUCCCGAGAUAGGAAAUCUGGAUCCCUACCUCGGAGUUUCCAAGUGGUAACAAGCACUCAAGAAGAAAAUAACUUAAGUACGUUUAAGUGUAAACCUAAUAGUAAUAGUAAGACAUACUUAAAUCGAGAUGGUAAAGUUAUGAGCAUCGAUAGGCCAUUUACGAUCGCAUCGGAUCAAAGUGAGAUUAGUUACGAUGACGUAGAAAAUUACAUGAGUGAAGGAGACAUACUUAAGUUCAACAAGAAUUCGAAAGCAAAUGAGACUGAUUAUGCACAAAAUAUAAGCCAAUCCACUUUGGAACUAGAGGAAGAAAUCGAUAGAUGCUAUAAGAGCAACUUCGAAGAAAUUAAUUUGGAUAAAAACAAAAAUGAGAAUAUCAUGGCGUCACAAGGAAAUUUGAAUAAUUCUACUACCUCAUCAUGUGAAGUUUUAACGGCAGAACGAAUUGACGAUAAACCCGUAGUUGAAAAUAUUCAUCCUGAACACAAAAUAUAUAAGCCUACUAGUAACAUGUUGUCACUUAAAAACGUCUUAAGUCGCUUUAAAAAUAAAACACCUAAUAAAAACAACGAAGAGGGAGAGAUAAAUGCUAAUGAACAAAGCAGUCCAGAUAGCACAAAAUCUGACACGAAAAGUCCUACAAACGAAAAGCGAUCUGCUUUAAAUCCUAGAAGCUAUUCUAAAAAUCUACUGCAAAGGUUUAGAAGUAUUAUAGGCGACGACACUACAGACGAUAAUCAAAAUAAAGCAGAAUCUACUAAAACUCAAACGUCUGUUACUGAAGAUAAUAAGAACGUCAUUAAAGUUGUAAUUACCUCGACCGAUGCAAGUCCUACUACAUCUACGAUAGUGUAUUCUGUUAACAGCGAUAUGCUUAGCAAGAGUGUGUGCGAACACACUUCGUUGACAGAUAGUCAAAACGAGAAGAACAAUCUAGAAGCACUGUCACUCAGCUGCGAUAAUAUCACGAAGAAAACAAAAAAAAUCCGUCCAUCCUACGAGAAAAGCAUUAGCAUGGUGACCAGUAUAUCUAGUGCGAUAGCUUCACCACUAAAAUCUAACAAUAGUUCCUACCAAAGCUUAAACAAAUUACCUAUUUACAUGCAAGGCAGUAAACUGUUAGGGGCAAGAAUCGCUCAGUCAGAUUACGUCGAUCCUAUGACGUUAUCUAGCGAGAAAGCUGCACUUAAAAGCGUCAAUGUACUUAUUAAUAAAAAUGCCGUAAGACCAGACAGUCUUUUUUCAAAUUCUUCAUUCGUCACUACGUCUAGCGAAGGAGUAUAUCAGGAAAGUAAAAGUAUUGUUACUAAAAGUACUGUUGAAAAGGAUAAAAUAGAGAUCUCUCAAAUUAACCCAGAUGAAAGUUAUUAUGAAAAAUCAUUUGAGAAGAUUGAACAAGUGACGGAUGAGGACGUGUUUAGAGACUCGGCGGUGUAUUCUGACCAAGAAGAUGAAGAGGCAAAACCUGAAUCGAACAAUGAUAAAACUUCGGGUAAAACUAUUGUAAGAACUUCUAGUGUUAAACGAAAAUCAUCAUUCAAAGUCCAAAAUACGGUAGUAACUACAUCCACAACGGUUAAAACUACCGAAAAAAUAAUUGAUAAUGGGCAAAAAACAAUUAUUAAAACGAAAAUUGCUCCACCAGUCCCAGUGAAACCGAAAAUAACUCAAAUGCCUGUAAAUAACUUUCCUACUAGGAAUAUCAGUAAAAACAACCUAUUAGUUAAGAGUUUAGAAGAAACUUCGUCAACAGAAUCAAUAAGUACGAAAACAAUUAAAAGAAACACGAAUUUUAAGCAAACUAUAGAAAGAUCUAUUUCAACACCAGGUGAUCAAAAACCCAACAACGAAAAACAAAAAGUAGACGAAACGAAAACAAUAAAAGAGGAAGAAGCACAAAGCAGUAAUAAAUUUAAAACACAAUCUAGUAGUAAUAUACAAAUAAAAAGACUGAGUUUCGAAAGGGCUAGUUUAGAUUCGGCAACGCGAAAGAUCAAAACGAACGAGGUGAAAAAGACAGUCGAACCACCGAAGAUAACUUCUAAAUCUGUUUUAGAAAGACGAAUGGAGAUAGAGCAAUUAACUAAAAGUCAAAUCAAAACUAACCAAUCUGUUAAGAAGCCCCAGAUCGCGCCAAAAUCUGUCAGUACUAAAAUGGCAUUUGAAAGGAGCGUCAGUCACAAUGUGGCCGAAACGAAAAGUCAAUCCGUUGAGAAAAACAUUCCUUCAAGCAGAAACAGUGGGGAACAAAAUGUAGAAGAAAAUGUGGACUUAAAAGGUAGUUGGGUGAAGCAAGUGGUGAAUAAAUUCCAAUGAGCUUUAUCGAGUGAUACGAUGCAUUUAUAAAGGUUUUGUGUAUUAGUAACGAGUCGACAGAUUUUGAAUAAGUAAAUGUAAUCUUUGAAAUAAAAAAUAUAUUCAAAAUAUUCGUAGGUACUGAAAGUAUAAUUAUUUAAAACAUAUUACUGCUUGAAUUAUCAUUUCAUUUUAAAUCAAUUAUUACUUAUGAAUAAUCUUUAAAAUCAUAGAUAAUUUUUGUGUAAAAUUCAAUUUGUCCGACUCGUUAAUAAAUACGAAUAAAUUAUGAUUCCGUCUGUUUUAUACUCCCUUGUUUAAAUACCUACAUAACUUUACAACUAACGUAGACGAUUAGCUCUUAAGACUAGUAAUAUUUGUAAAUUACAUCAUUUCAUCAUUCUAUCGUGCCAUAGAUAAACUACUUAAUUCUACUAUUGUCAUUUAAAAAUGGAAUAAAAAGCAAACGAGUUAAAUAUAAAGCAUGCAUAGACCAAAAAGUAAAGAAGUUAAAGCAUUUUUUUGCACAAUGCAUAUUUUUAUUCAUCUUACAUUUGGAUUUUUUACAAGUUAUAAAACUUGAUUACUUAUUGAAGUGUCACUUUGCUUAGAAAGUUCAAUGUGCCAAUGAAAUAGUAGAAUUUAGUAUACAUAAUAAUUAUAUUUUGGCAAUAUGUUAAACACGAGUAUGCACAAAAUAUACAUGUAUAUAUAGAUCUGUUGGUAUGCUUAUUUUGCUGUUAUAGUAAUGUGCCAUCGCAAAUAUAACGAAAUUGUGUUUGUCAAAUUCGACACGUGGAUGACUUAAAAUUAUUUAUUAUUUUUCAUUAGUAAUUAAGUUUGUUUCGUAGGUACUAACACCAAAAAAUCACAGAAGAUUGUUUGAGUAUUAUUAUUUUUUUACUAAUAAAUUUAUGAAUUAUUUUGCUGUUUA